AUGCCAUCAGGAGACAUUGUAGGAGAAGCCACCUUAGAUAAAUUCCGUAGCGGCGAUUUGAAUUUAGAGAUCCACGAAGCUGGAGGAUCCUUUUCAACAGCCGAAGAGACAAAUGGGAGACUGGUAGCCAAAGCUGGGGCAGAGAUGAGCUCCACUACCGGGGAAACCUCCUCCACGGGGGAGGGAAGAGGAGAGUCCAAGGAAAAGAAAGGCAACAGAGGAGGAGAAGCUUGA